GAAGGAAGAGCAGAUUCCCAACCAUGAGUUCCAGCCAGCCAGGGGCUUGCCCAUGCCAGGGUGCUGCAGGCCGCCCAGCGAUCCUGUAUGCACUUCUGAGCCCCAGCCUCGGGGCCAGGCCUUCCGUCCCCGCAGCCCGUAGCCGCUGCCUGUGCAGGCAGCACCGGCCCGUCCGCCUGUGUGCACCACAUCGCACCUGCCGGGAGGCCUUGGAUGUUCUGGCCAAGACCGUGGCCUUCCUCAGGAACCUGCCAUCCUUCUACCAGCUGCCCCUCCAGGAUCAGCAGCGGCUGCUGCGGGGCUCCUGGGGCCCCCUCUUCCUGCUUGGGUUGGCCCAAGACGCUGUGACCUUCCAGGUGGCUGAGGCCCCAGUGCCCAGCAUACUCAAGAAGAUCCUGCUGGAGGAGCCUGGCAGCCGUAGCGGCAGUGCUCAGCUGCCGGACAGGCCCCAGCCCUCGCUGGCUGCAGUGCAGUGGCUCCAGUACUGCUUGGAGUCCUUCUGGAGCCUGGAGCUGGGCCCCAAGGAGUAUGCCUACCUGAAAGGGACUGUCCUCUUCAACCCCGACAUGCCCGGCCUCCAUGCCUCGUCCCAUAUCAGGUACCUGCAGCAGGAGGCUCAUCAGGCGCUGUGUGAGGUCCUGGAGCCCCAGUGCCCGGCAGGCCAGGUCCGCUUGGCCCGGGUCCUUCUCAUGGCCUCUAUCCUCAAGUCCAUUCCACCCAGCCUGCUCGGGGACCUCUUCUUUCGCCCUGUGAUUGGAGACGCUGACAUCACCAGCCUCCUAGAGGACAUGCUUUUGCUGAGGUGAACUGCUCCAGCACUGGCAAAGAUCCAGUGUUGGGUGGGCAGAGGCUGGCAAUGCUGGCUCGGCCCGGCUUAGCCUGCCUGUCCCCAGGGGUGACCUGAAGCUCCUAGAAGGGCUAAGCCUGUACAGCCGGCACUCGGCUCUCUGAGACCAAGCUGGGCCUGGCUCAGCCAGACAGGCUGUGGAGUCCCUCACUCAGCCGGGCCCCAUCAUGGACUUCCGUGGUUUGGAUGCAGUGCUUCAGCCGACUGGUCGGCUCUUGGUGAUCCCCAGAGCCUCUGAACCAAGACUUCUGUCACUUCCUGGGACAGUGAAGGAGGUUUGGGCUGCUCAUGGGCCAGAAGUCCUACUGACUUUGGACAGAACUGACUUUAAGUUAUUGGUUUUUGUAAUAAAAGGUGUGACACUUU